AUGUUGGCGUUUUGCCUGCUGAGUGCCGUGUGGCUCGCGACGAGCCCGAGCCCGAGCCGCGCUCAGAACGAGACGGAACCGAUCGUCCUGGAGGGCAAGUGCCUGGUGGUGUGCGACUCCAACCCGACGUCCGACCCCACGGGCACCGCGCUGGGCAUCUCGGUGCGCUCGGGUAGCGCCAAAGUAGCCUUCUCGGCCGUCCGGAACACCAACCACGAGCCUUCGGAAAUGAGCAACCGGACCAUGGUCAUCUACUUUGAUCGGGUUCUUGUAAAUGUCGGGCGGAAUUUUGAUGAAGAGAGAAGUAAUUUCAUUGCACCGCGAAAAGGGAUUUACAGUUUUAACUUUCACGUAGUGAAAGUCUACAAUCGCCAAACAAUACAGGUGAGCCUAAUGCACAAUGGAUGGCCAAUCAUCUCGGCCUUCGCCGGUGACCAGGAUGUUACCCGCGAGGCGGCCAGCAAUGGCGUUCUGAUCCAGAUGGAGAAGGGAGACCGGGCCUACCUCAAACUGGAGAGAGGAAAUUUGAUGGGGGGAUGGAAAUAUUCUACCUUCUCUGGCUUCCUGGUGUUCCCCAUGUAG